AUGUCGCGACGCCUCGAUUGUGUCGAAACCGAGCACGGAACUUUAGAAGCAGGAUUUCUUGGAGCAGUCAAGACGACGGGUGCGGGAAACUGGGAAGCAACAGUCUUGGUUCAAGGCCAGCCAGUAGACUUCAAAAUUGACACUGGUGCCGACGAAACCGUCCUCCCGACGCACGUAUUCCAGACGCUCAAGGACAGGCCGCUUCUAUCAGCUCCUCCUCGUCAGCUGCAUGGCCCAGAUGGAAAGCUUCUCCCAGCAGCAGGAGUGGCACAACUCCAGCUCGUCUACCGCAACCACGCGACUACUCAGGAUAUAUACGUCCUAGAUCAGAUCUGCACUCCGUUGCUAGGCAAGCCAUCAAUUAAAAAGCUACAGAUGCUGACCUUCGUAAACGCCGUUGCCGACAAAGUGAAACCGAAAGAAGAAUUUCCAGCGGUGUUCCAAGGACUCGGCAAGCUGCUCAAAGAACACAGGAUUCAGCUUCAACCAGGAGCAAAAGCUUUCGCACUCAGCUCCCCGAGGCGCAUCCCAAUUCCAUUGUACGAGAAGACAAAGCUGGAACUUCAAAGGAUGCAGAAACUCGGUGUCAUAUCACCUGUUGAUGAGCCGACUGAGUGGUGUGCGCCAAUGGUAGUCGUCCCAAAGCCCUCCGGAGACGUGAGAAUAUGCGUCGACUUUACAGAGCUGAACCGCUACGUUCUCAGAGAAUGGCAUCCUAUUCCUUCCGGGGAGCAUACUCUCGGACUUCUUCAUGGAGCUAAGGUGUUCUCCAAACUCGAUGCCAACUCUGGAUUUUGGCAAAUUCCACUUUGUGAAGAAUCAAGGAAACUCACCACCUUCAUCUCACCUUUUGGGCGCUUCUACUUCAACCGACUACCAUUUGGCAUUGCGUCAGCUUCUGAACACUUCCAGAAGCAGAUGGCGUACAUUUUACAAGGCAUCAGUCGAGUUGUCUGUCACAUGGACGACAUCCUCAUCUGGGGUUCCAACAGCCAUGAGCACAAUGAGACACUCCGAAACGUGCUGCAGGCACUUGCAAAGGCUGGAGUGACACUGAACGACAGCAAGUGCGUGUUUAAUGUUCAACGCCUUACAUUCCUUGGACACUGGCUCGAUCAAGACGGAAUAAGACCCGACGAAAAGAAGGUUGAAGCCAUACUGAAAAUGUAG